AUGAAGUUUCCAUUACCUGCCAACACAUUUCCCUCUCUUUUGCUGUCUCAACAUGACCAGGCGGCACUUAAAAGUCUCGCUGAAGCUUUUGUGGAUGAUGCGAUGGUCGAGUAUCGAACCUUUCGAUCCCCACCACUCAAUGGCACUAUUGACGAAACCUGCUUUAAAUUUAUCAAAAAACGGGAUGGGCUGACGUCCUAUCUAGAUCGAAAACAUGUAGAUCGGGCGUUGGAAACUAGUUCGAUAAUGAGGGAUUCGAUACGGGAGAAUAUGGGCACAAAGAGCUCCUCAAAAAAGCUACUAGGUGUUUUGACAGUUGGGACGAUCGACGGGACACUUAACGAUCAAAUGUAUGGCAUGCAUCAUUACAGCACGGAGCUCAUGCGAAUCAAAUCGGCAUACAUGGAUGACUCGAUUGUGGAUGGACGGAUUCUAAGCGAAAUUUGUCCUCCAACUCCAGAAGAUCCUGGACAUGGACUCUACAUAAAGUGGUGUGUCUCAGACUUUGCGCCUACAUUACUUCAUUGCAUCAUUCGACCGCGAGAUUUCGUCUAUUUGGACGGUACAGGAAUCAUUGUGGACGAAAUUACGGGCGAGAGAAUAGGCUAUAGCGUUUCGCACUCCCUUGAAAUUCCAAGCAUUCGAGAGCUGUCCGAGUAUCAAAUUGUGCGUGCGACGGUCUCAAUCUGUGCAUUGUUUCGACAGAAAGCACAUGGCGUAGUGGAAGUCUACCUUAAAGGGUAUGUCGACUCCAAGGGUGACAUUCACACCAGAAUUGCGAUCUCCACCACCUCUGAAGCGUUGAUGUCGUAUCGCCGAGGUACGUAUUGUGGUCAGAUGAAAAAGCUUAAUUGGCUUUUGAAGACCAAGAGGACAGUAAUGCUCGAUCAAUCGAGUGGCAUCUGCUCUGUGUGUCAAAAGACAGUGAAAAAGUUGUCGUCUUUUGAUAAUUCGUGUCAGGUCUGUAUGAAUCAAGUGUGCUCGUCGUGCUGUGAGAUACAUAAACUAGCGUUCUUAUCUACUUCACGGCAAGUUAUACGACGUAAUUUGCUGUUUUGUGCUCGCUGUCUGCGCGUGGCAAAAUUUGCUGACGGACUCGAAGUUGCAUCAGAAGAGCUACGUCGACUGAAUCCACUAGAGUACUUUGAAAUUCCAAUCAACGACGACGACGUAUCAACUUCACCAUCAAGAUCGACUUUGCCCGAUGCCCAACAGGAAUUCUUCGGUGCACUGUAG